AUGAGAGGCGGGGACGCCGUACGAAGCAGCCAAUGGAGAUCGCCCGGUGGGAGGGCCGCGCUCACGAGCAGGUCCCGGGCGAAGUAUCUGUGGCGGAGCGAGCGCGCGGGCGCCGAGGCCAAAAAGAAAAAGAGAAGAGGGUUGAUGGGGUUCUUUUUGAGGGCGGGGGCCGUUUACCGAGCGGGGCCUGCGAACUUCUCCUCAGCCGUUUCCUCGCGCGGCGUCAUUUCUCCCUCAGCAGUAGCAGCAGCCUCCUCCACCCACCAAGCGCGCGCGCGCGCGCCCGCCCCUCCGCCACCCCCCCUCCCUCGACUCGGUACUUUCGGUUACCUCAGAAGGCUGGGCAGGCGUCGGUUUCAGUUAUUUUUUAAAUCUCCCUCAGGCAGGGACGCGGCAAUACGUGGGAGGGGAGGGUGAGGGUUUUGUGUGGAGAAGGAGCGCAGCCCUCAGCCUCCCUCUUUUUUUCCCCCUCCUCCUCCUCGCUCCCUCUCUUGCUCUUCCGUCUCCUGGUGCCGCCGCUGUCAAGGCUGUAAACAUCCCGGCAUCCCCGAGGACAAGAAGGCGGGGCCGGGCGCACCGCCUACCGGCCCUGCCUCCUUCCCAGCCGCCGGCCGGCCCGUCGCCCGGCAGGCUGACUGGCCGUCGCCGGCUCCCCGCGCGCGCGGUUACUACACACGCGCGGAGAGCCCGUCCUGGCCGCCGCCAGAAAAAGGAGGCGAAAAGGUAACCGUGACUUCGCCUUACAAAAAAGUUGGGGGCGCGAGAAAGGAAGGGAAAUAGCGCGGGAAAACGGCUCCACGACGUUUCUUUUCUCUGUCGCAGGCACACACAUACACACGUUAUGGGCUUCACGCGUCAUCCUGCCUCAGUAAGGACUCCCUCCUCCCGAUAGACUGGUUCGGUUCAUGACCUAGGAACCGACUCUUAGGGGCCGAGGGGGAGUGUCUAGAGCCACCCCAAUAACGUAUUCCCCCCCAAAAAAGUUGCCAUUCCAGUGGUGUGCGUGCACCACGUCAUAUGAUCGAUUAUGCUGGGAAGGGCUCCCCCCCCCCCAUUAUUUUAUUCAAGUUGGCAUCCCUGGAUCAUGACAUUUAGAGCAGGCAGCUUGCUUCUCCUUAACCAUCACCCCUACCCCAGUCAAUACACACGUGAUUGUCCCUCUUUGAAUGUGUGCAAUUUGCAAAGGAUGCUUCCCCCCGGGCUAGAAAUACAGUGGUACCUCGGGUUACUUACGCUUCAGGUUACAGACUCCACUAACCCAGAAAUAGUACCUCGGGUUAAGAACUUUGCUUCAGGGUGAGAACAGAAAUCGUGCUCCAGCAGUGUGGCAGCAGCAGGACGCCCCUUUAGCUAAAGUGGUACUUCAGGUUAAGAACAGUUUCAGGUUAAGAACGGACCUCCGGAACGAAUUAAGUAUUUAACCCGAGGUACCACUGUAUCCCCAAAUGCCCCAUCUCCGCAGCAGUGGGUUCUGUCUCCCCAGUUUCCUGGCUUCAGAGGCAGAUUGCACCUUACAGCAAGGUUUCCCAAACUUGGGUCUCCAGCUGUUUUUGGACUACAACUCCCACCAUCCCUAGCUAAGCAGGACGAGCAAUUGGGGAUCAUGGGAGUUGUAGUGCAAAAACAGCUGGAGACCCAAGUUUGGGAAACCUUGCCCUACAGUGUUUCUCAAACUUGGGUCCUCAUCUGUUGUUCCCACAGGUCCUGAUAGCUAGGGACAAUGGGAGUUGUAAUCCAACAACAGCUGGGGACCCAAGUUUCAGGCAGUUAGAGGAUUGAAAAAGUUCAGCCAACUCUUAUUUCAGAUCUGGGGUGUAUUCAGUUUUACAGUUUCCCUUCAUUGGACUAGUUCUGCACAUCCUUCCCAGCAGUUUAAACUGCAGAUACAUUUGCUUUGGCUAUGCCACUGGUGAUUCCUGUAGCAGCACAGCUGGGUUUUUAAAAGUGCAGUCAGCAGAGAGCCAGCUGAAUGCAGCACAGUAUACAAAUAUUUAGACAAGCAGGUCUGUCUCUCACAUACUGCAAGAAAGACCGGUCUUACGUUAUUGUGCCCUCAAUAAUAAAGUGGAGCUGCCUUCACAUAGUUUUUUAAGUCCAUAUAUAAGUUUGUGUCUAAACCUAUUGAAAUCACCAGGCUUAAAUUAGUCUAAUUAUACAUAGGAUUGAAGUCAUAACAGAUUGAGAGUGUGCAACUACACAACUAUAAUAUAUGAAGUGAAUAUAUGCCUGUUAAGGUUUUUGUAUGUGGCAGUGAGUCAAAGUCUCAAUCACAUGUAUAAAAUGGAACAGACAAAUACAGUUCCUUCAACUCUGUUGCACCAUUUUUUUCAGCCUUCGGUUCUCAAAUGUUGUUGAACAACAACUAUCAGGCUCAGUCAUUUUGGUCAAUGGCCAGAGAUGAUAGGAAUUGUAGUCCCAACAUCGUCUGGGGACCUAUGCUUUCAGUGUAUAUACCAUACCUAUACCAUAUGGUGUGAAAUGACCUUGUGACAUAAUGAACACAAAAUAAAUAUGCUGAAAUGCAGCUUCCAAGUUAACACAAAAGCAAGAAUGUACAAAUGUAUACAGUGGAUAAGCAUACCCACCUGUAAAACAUGUCUCCCUGGUGGUAACAUUAUUUAUUUAUUUAUUUAUUAUAUUUUUAUCCCCGCUUUCCUCCAGAGAGCUCAAGACGGCAUACAUGGUUCAUUCCCUUCCCAUUUUAUCCAUAUAACAACACUCACGUUAAGCUGAGCAGCCAUGACUGGCCCAAGGUCACCCAGUGAACUAGAUAGCUGAGUGGGAAUUUGAACCCUGUUCUCCCAGGUCCUAGUCCACAUUCAAACCACUACAGUUUAUUGUACCUCUGCAUAUCUACGAAGCAGUUAACUUACCAGUAGAAGGCAUGUGAUUGAAGGCCAUAUCUGGAGAAAACUUGUCACAGCUUGCUUAUGGAAGAAUGGGCCUCAGAAGCAAAUUGUCCAACAACCAACUUUUAAUUCAUAAUGAAACAUUAAUUCCAUUGACAAGUAAUGCACAUUUCUCUUUCUUAAAUCCGACUACAGGAGCUAAUGAAUAAAAGGAAGUAGUACUAUGAAAAUGAGAACUGUUGCUACUGCAUUUUCAAUUUAGCAACCAUAAAUAAUAUUUCAGUUCAGUAAGAGAAAUAUAUUCCCCACAACAAAGCAUCUUACAGAUCUGGGAAGCAUCACUGCAAUUUUAUUUAAGCAGGUUUGUAGAGAGAUGAAUGAAUACCUUUCAGUAUUUAAAUGAGGUUUAUUUCUUCACUUUCUCUCAUGAAAAUAUCCCUUCUGGCCCCCUCGGCAACCUCUUUCAUUUUUAGAUCAGCUAUUUAUGCAGUAUAAGCAAUGAUAUUUCUAACAAAGGCCCUGAGGAAAUUAGUAAGUCAGUUGGUCUCUCUUCUCUAGAGUUACCAGAAUCAUCAAUAAUUCAGCAAACGUUCUAUUUAAUAUAGAAUUUAGGUAAUUGGGUACAGUUGGCCAAAAGAAAUGGACUUGAACAUGUUGAAAAGCACUAUGGUUCUGGCUUUAGAAUGAGGUUCCACAGCAAUAUUUUAGAGAGCUGCUUCCUCAACUAAAUCACAAAAUUAAAGUGUACUUUAAAAUCUGAAUGCCACUGGUACAAAGAAUGAUAGACCCACAUGUAGAGUCUCAUCAUGCUUCCACUACAGUUUAUAAAGAUCCCACAACAGCUGAUCAGCUACCAAGAAUCAUGAAAAAUGGGCCACCAUUGGUUCAUCAAUAUGGACAGCAAUCUUAAAAACACCGAAAAGGGAGUAAGCUCUAUUGAACACAGUAGGAUUUACUUCCAAGUAAAUAUGCUAAGGUUUGUGCAGUUAGUUUCAUUUGGAAAUAACCAAAGAAGGGAGAUAAAAAGUUUGAAGAAUAUUCUUUGGGUUUUUCCUUCAUAUAUUUGAGUAGCAAGGGGAACGGGUGGCACUGUGGUCUAAACCACCUAGCCUCUAUGGGCUUGCAAAUCAGAAGGUCAGCAGUUCCAAGACCAUGCAACGGGGUGAGUUCCCUUUGUUCUGUCCUAGCUCCUGACAACCUAGCAGUUUGAAAGCAUACCAGCGCGAGUAGAUAAAUAGGUACCGCUGCAGUAUUUAAAAGAUAUUGUUUUGGAAAUACAAUAAUUAUAUAGGUCUUGUGGAGGGCAGUUAAGUAAACCAGCAAGAAAAGUAGAAGUAGCUAUACAAACUACAGGCAGUAAUUACUGGAAGACGACCAGAAUAUCGGUUCGCCAGCUAGUGCUCCUAAACCUCUAAGCUAAUUGAUUUCAAUAGGACUUAGGUGCAUCUAAUGGGAACAGAAAAUAUUGGAACUAGUAAGUAAGUCAGCGUGAUAUUAAAUUGAUUUCAAAGGGUCUGUUCCAAGUAGGAUUUACAGUGGUGCCUCGCAAGACGAAAAGAAUCCGUUCUGGGAGUCUCUUCGUCUAGCGGUUUUUUCGUCUUGCGAAGCAAGCCCAUUGACGGAUUAGCGCUAUUAGCGGCUUUUAGCGGCUUAUCAGCUUAUCGGAUAAGCAGAUAAGCGGCUUAGCGGCUUAGAAAAAGAGGGGGGAAAGGAAAAAAAAAACGCAGGAACUCGCAAGACAUUUUCGUCUUGCGAAGCAAGCCCAUAGCAGAUUCGUUUUGCGAAGCACCUCCAAAACGGAAAACUCUUUCGUCUAGCGAGUUUUCCGUCUUGCGAGGCAUUCGUCUUGCGGGGCACCACUGUAGUUCGAUAUCACCCUCAACCUGCAGUGGGUCAAAUCGUUUAAACGAAGCAGCAUUGACAAUGACAUGCUUUUGUCAUAAUUUUGUAGUGAUGAGGUCUUGAACAAGGCAUUCUUCUCAGAUAAUGGCAGUUACUUAGAACUCUGUGCCCAUUGUUUUGGACAGUGAUGGAAUAAUGACAGUAGUGGAAAUUUAUGAAACCUAAGGGAAAGGAAUUUCCUCAUAAAUUUGUUUUGGUUUCUCAAUGCCUGCGCUUGCUAGAACUUAUUAUGACAUUACAUUCAAAGUCUUGGAUGCAAACAGUUUAAUCCCUAAGGACUCAAUACCAGUUUUGCUCUGCUGAAUAGAUGGCAGGCAUGCUGGAGGAGCAGUGCAGUCAGUGCAUAUUCCCUCCACAUGGCUAACCAUGUAACUUCCAUGAUGUGACUAGCAAUGUGAAACCUUGACCCUGUUCUUAAAUGUGAAUCUUUCUGUUUUGGAGGGGGCAAUGCAUUAGGAUAAUAACAAAUAGCACCUUACGUUUCAAUAUGAUAUGCCAUUACCAUUAGGAAGUGGGCUAGGAAAUGAUUUAGAGGCAUAUAUGGUGGAAUUCUACUGCUACUGCUGUGUUAAGUAUGUCCUGCAAGCUGCCUAGAUAAGAGACCAUUCAAAUCUUUGAGUAUAAAAAAUAAGAGCAAGGUAUACAUUUAUGGCAGCGUAACCUGUGUACUGGAAUGCAGAGGAUUUCUGCUUAGCAGAGGAUGAGAUGAUCUAAAAUGCAGGGAAGGAGUGGCAGAUUGAAUCUACUUAUCCAUAAUUAAUUUUCUGCAAUGGGACUGCAUGGCUAGAAUUAAACCCUAUUGGGUGAAUAAUGGCUAAAGAGAAUCAGUUUCAGGAACAAAAGCAUUGAAAGGGUUCUGCACCCCAUACCACCAGUCCAUGCUGCAUUGUAUAGGAAUUUGACGUGGGUUAAACCACUGUGCUGCUUGGGCUUGCUGACUGAAAGGUCAGCGGUUUGAAUCCCCGCGACGGGGUGAGCGCUCGUUGUUCGGUCCCAGCUCCUGCCAACCUAGCAGUUCAAAAGCAGCAGUGCAAGUAGAUAAAUAGGUACUGCUCCAGCAGGAAGGUAAACGGCAUUUCUGUGCACUGCUCUGAUUUCGCCAGAAGUGGCUUAGUCAUGCUAGCCACAUGACCCAGAAAAACUGUCUGUGGAAGCGGACAAAUGCCAGCUCCCUUGGCCUGUAAAGCGAGAUGAGCACUGCAACCCCAGAGUUAUUCGCGACUGGACUUAAUUGUCAGGGGUCCCUUUACCUUUACCUAUAUUCUCAGUACUAGAUCCUGAUUUUGGGUGUCCUUCAGUGAGAUGCACUAGCUGCCCCCUGGUAGCCCAUCCCCUGCCACCAGGUCAGCUCGCUGCCUUCAGAUUCCUCUGUCAGUGACACUUCAGAGCAGCAUGGCUCAGACCAAGCAGUAUCUCCAUCGGACCCUGCUGCCAGGCACCUGAGUUUGAGCCCACUGCUGACUUUUGCCUCUGCUUGAUGUGGAAAUCAAUGUGGGUGUCUUACCUUACAAUUUCCAUGCUUUUGUGUUUGCCAGUUUUUGAGUGCCUUCUUUUUUCGUUUAAAUUGAAAGGGUGGUGGUUGGGUUUUUUUAUGUUAUCAUCGCUUUCAUAUAAAUUAUAAUUAACCAGUAGACAUAGAUAUGAAAUCUUACUUUUUCCUACCUUUCAUAUGCAGAUCCAGAUACACAGAGAAGACAUUUUAAAAAGACACUUUAGUAAAGAUUUGCAUACGCCCUUGAUCUUGAAAUUAUAAAAUUUGACAUAAGGUUCAUACUUCUAAGUAUAAUAUUUAAUGAGAUGCAGAAUUUUGAAAAUGGCACUGUUCACUAAAACAUCUAUGUAUUGUGGGAUUUGUAAGGAUGUCUACUCACUGAGGAAAAUUUAUCUGUCAAAGAUCAUCAAUCAGCAGGAAUUUUCACAUUAAAUCAUUAUAUUUGGUUGGCUAAGAGUGAUCAUCACCUUGAGAUAAGACAAUCAGUUCAGCACAAUCUUACAUGAUAGAAAAACCUCCAGGAUAACCCAGUGGUCUAAGAUAGCCUUGGAGAGUGGUUGGCAAAAGACUAGGUAGAGAUAGCUCCUGUGCUUUUAACAGCUGCAUGACAGAUAGAAAUAUAGAUGAAGCUCUUCCCAUUACAUUUAUUAUAGCAGCUAUGAUUCCAAUUGCCUAACUAUGGAAUCUUUUUAAGAUUCUUAUGGUGAAUCUUUUGCCACUUAAUAAUUAAAAAAAACAUACCCAAAACUUAAGAUGAGUUUAUAUAUUGGUUAAAUUGACCCAUUUCCCCAGACUUUGACUGCAUUUCUCAAUUAUUAUUUAAAAUCACAAACACGAAAAGUGAACUUUAAUAGCAGACUUUAUUCACCCUUUAAAAAUAUGCCUCUUUUGCAUCUUUCUGAAAGCGAGAUAAUCGUGUCAUGUUCUGAACUGCACAAUGAUUGAUAGUCUCAGUCCUUGGGUUGCAAACAAUUACCUGCUUGAAAGGAAACUGAACAAAACCAGUGUACAUUGACAUUUAACUUAUCUCUAUGGUUACAAUUUAGUUUUUUAAAAUAAAUGCAUCAGUUUCUGUAUCUGACAGUGCCCAUUUAAACAUACAAUCCCAUCUUAGAAAAUCAGGAACUGUAAGAUGUUUCCAUAUCAAAGGGGCUUUUAACAAAGGUAGAACUGAGGUUUUAAAUGUCACAACCUAACUAUCCAAGGCCUGGCAUGUUUCUCUGACUAAGGUAUUUGCAUUUUAUGAGAAAACACAGCACUGGAAAGCUUAGCCAAAUCCACAACAACAUGUACGGUACUUGCCUAUGACAUUAAACAAAACUAUAUACUUUAUUCACUUAACAAGGCUGCUUCUGAAGUAAGUGUUGCUUUAUUUACAGUUGGGCUGGUAAGUCAUAUGAGAAACCAUUUAACUAUGCCAUAUUUAUGUACAGUGGUACCUCGCAAGACGAAUGCCUCGCAAGACAAAAAACUCGCUAGACAAAAGGGUUUUUUGUUUUUUGAGCUGCUUCGCAAGACAAUUUUCCCUAUGGGCUUGCUUCGCAAGACGGAAACGUCUUGCAAGUUUGUUUCCUUUUUCUUAACACCGUUAAUACAGAUGCGACUUGACUUUGAGGAGCAACUCAUAGAACACGGUGUGGUAGCCUUUUUUGAGGUUUUUAAAGACUUUGGUGAUUUUUGAAGCUUUUCCAAAACUUUCCCGACACCGUGCUUCGCAAGACGAAAAAAAUCGCAAGACGACAAAACUCGCGGAACGAAUUAAUUUCGUCUUGUGAGGCACCACUGUAUAUUAUGCCUCCAUUAAUCCUCUGCUUCAAUGGGUAAAAUCCAAAUGAUAUUUCCAUACAGAAACCUAAUUUAUAGAAUAUAGUAUAGCAAAACAGCCCAAUAAUGGAACUGAUGAGCCCCACCUUGUGUCAUAGAACCACAGCAGUGUAGAGUUGGAAGGGAUCAUGAGUCAUCUAGUCCAACUCCCUUCAAUGCAAGAAUCUUUUGCCCAACGUGGGACUCCAGCUCAUGAUCCUGAGAUUAAGAGUCACAUGCUCACUAUCCCUCUUCAAAACAUUCAGCUCAUUAUUAACUGCUAUAUAGCAUGGAAAGCUCAGGUUUUUUACCAAGGACAAAUUAGACACUACAUGCAGAUACACAUAAGAUUACAACAACAUCCAGGGCUGUGGUGCUUGUGGCCCUCCAGAUGUUGUACUCCAAAGCAGCCCCAGCCAGCAUCAGCAGUUAUCAGACUGUAGUUUGUUAAGGCUACCAGGAAUUGUAGUUCUGUGAAGCAUCUCAACAACUCUCAGCACCCUUAACAAAUGACUGUUCCCAGAAUUCUUCUGAAUUCUCAGAAGGUGGGUGGUACCGCUCCGGCGGGAAGGUAAACAGCAUUUCUGUGUGCUGCUCUGGUUGGCCAGAAGCGGCUUAGUCAUGCUGGCCACAUCACCCAGAAGCUGUACGCCGGCUCCUUUGGCCAGUAAAGCGAGAUGAGUGCCGCAAUCCCAGAGUCAUCCGUGACUGAACCAAACAGUCAGGGGUCCCUUUACCUUUACCUUUUAAGAGCACUUUAAAUAUAUGGUGUGGAUAUGUUCUGCAGCCUUCACCCAAAAUGUUAUUUUUAUCGAGUGGUAAGCCACUCUGGGGACGCGGGUGGCGCUGUGGGUAAAACCUCAGUGCCUAGGACUUGCCGAUCGUAUGGUCGGCGGUUCGAAUCCCCGCGGCAGGGUGAGCUCCUGUCAUUCAGUCCCAGCUCCUGCCCACCUAGCAGUUCGAAAGCACUCUUAAGUGCAAGUAGAUAAAUAGGUACCACUUUAUAGCGGGAAGGUAAACGGCGUUUCCGUGUGCUGUGCUGGUGCUGGCUCGCCAGAGCAGCUUUGUCAUGCUGGCCACGUGACCCGGAAGGGUCUCCGGACAGCGCUGACCCCCGGCCUCUUAAGUGAGAUGGGCGCACAACCCUAGAGUCGGACACGACUGGCCCGUACGGGCAGGGGUACCUUUACCUUUAAGCCACUCUGGGAGCUUUUACAGCUGAAGAUAUAAAUGCUUUGAAAAAGUUACAAAUAAAAUCACCAAACUGUAGAGUUGGAAGGGACCCUGAGGGUUGUCUAGUUCAGCCCCCUGCAGUGCAGGAAUCUCAACUAAAGCAUCUAUGACAGAUGGCCAUUAAACCUCUGCUUAAACACCUCCAGUGAAGGAGAGUCCACUGCCUUCCAAGGGAGUCUGUCCAACUGUGAAACAGCUCUUACCAUCAGAACGUUCCUGAUGUUUAGUGGUAAUCUCCUUUCCUGUAACUUGAAUCCUCUACCCUCCUCUAAAGCAAGAGAAAACAAGCUUGCUCCAUCUUCCAUGUAAAAGCCCCUAGAUAUCGAAAGAUAGCUAUCAUAUCUCCUCUCAGUCUCCUCUUUUCCAGACUAAACAUGCCAAACUCACCUAGAUCCUUUUCACACGUACUACUGGCAAGCCAGGUUUUCCCCAUCUUAUAUUUGUUCAGCUGGCUCUUUCUGCCUAUGUGUAGAUCCUUCCAUUUGUUCCUACUGAAAUUCAUUUUGUUGGUUUGGGCCCACUUUUCCAAUCUGCUAAGAUCAUAUUGAAUCAUGCUUCUGUCUUCUGCGGCAUUAACUACCCCUCCCACUUUGGUGUCAUCUGCAAAUUUGAUGAGCAUCCCCUAUAUUCCUGCAUCCAAGUCGUUUAUAAACAAUGGGCCAAGGACAGAACCCCACUUCCCACUUUUUCCAGGAUGACAAGGAACCAUUAGUGAGCACUCUUUGGCUUUGGACAGUCAUCCAACUACAACCCACCUAACAGUUACCUCAUCCAGCUCACAGCUUUUCUGCAAGCAUUUAAUGGGGGAAUUUGUCAAAAGCCUUGCUGAAAUCAAGAUACACUAUGUCUACAGCAUUCCCCUGACCCACCAAGCUUGUAACAUGGAAAAAAAAGAAGAAGAACCGAGAUUCGACCGGCAUGUCUUAUUUUUGAGAAACCCAUGUUGCGUCUUAGAGCAUCAUUUUCUAACUGCUCAUAGUUUAAUUAUUGUGUGAAAGCUACCAUAUUCUGCAUGGUGUAACAAGAGGUUGGGGAACACACCAGGAGACAGGCUGAAAACAGUGCCUUCUGUACAAUCUAGAAGUUUUAUUUGAGUGAACCUCAAAGUUCCUCCAAAGGUCAUGAUCUCAAUUUGUUUUUGUAUAAAUAUUUUGUAGACACUUAUUGUUACACAACAAACAUGAAAUAAAGAAACCAGUACAAACAGUAACCAGAGUAAAUGGAGAGUGGAGUCUUUCAGCUCAGCUGAUGUACGCGGUGGUUGCUUUGACCACAUGGCUUCGCAACUACUUUUAAGACCUUUCAAGCCCUCAUACAUGGCAGAAGGGAGAAUUCUCUACUAUAAGGACAACACUCCUUUCCCUAUCAGCACGGUUUCCAAAAUCUCCAGUGAUAUAUUCAUGAUCUGUGCACCUUUUAAGUAAAGGAUAGAAUUUGGAUGUUCAGUGUUGGAUUAAGCACACAACUAUUAUAUGGUGCCAGUUUGGAUAAAUGCCUUCAACCAGGCUACUGAAAGACUGAAGCUUUCCUUUGAGGUGGGGAUGGUGUACCAAAUUGUGUCGGUUAUGCUGCCCUAUGUCUAGAAAGAAACCAAAGACUUUUAGUAACAAAAGUAUGGCUGUGAAUGUUUACGUUUUGGUUGUAUCUGCAUUAUAGAUCAGAACCUAAUAGUCUUGCUGUGGCCAUGUUAGCUGAAUAUCAAUAAUCAGGAUGGCUAAGAAGGAUUGUGAACAAAAUUAAACAUAUAGGUAUCUCACUAAACUCCUUGUACUGCUUAUCACAAAAUCCUGCAUUUGAGAUAAUUAAAUGCAGAUUGUUAGACAAUGAAUUUCAAUAACUUAGUAGCCAAAUCAAAAAUAGCUAGGGUUCCCCCCGAUGCCAUUUUUACACCUGAAAACCAGGACCUGUCAGGAAUUUUCCUGACGUAUGGCAAGUCUAGAAAUAGCAUCUGUGCAAGUCUGGGGAUGGUGCAAUGUGGACAGCCAAUGGCAACUUAUAUCUCUCAUUUGACCAACCCAAAUCAACACAGGUCAUACAUGCUCGCAAGACUGAAUGUGCUACCUUCGGCAAUGCUACAGGGGAGAUUCCAGAAAAUACCACUUGCAGAGAGACUAUGCACCUGUAGGCAGAGUCAUAUAGAAUCAGUCAUGCAUGUUCUUUUGCACUGCCCCUUGUAUCAGACGAUUUGAUCUAAGUUCAUUAAUCAGUUGGUUGUUAACAGGGAGUGGCAUUCAGAUGAAUGUAAGGUAGCCUUCCUUAUUUUUGCUCAGGGUGGGGAUAGGAUGGAGAUAGUAACCAGGUUUCUGCAACAAAAUGAGGAUUAAUGAAUGUUAUACAUUAUUUUAAUCGCUAGAUGCAGAUUUUGCCGAGUUAUUUUAUUGUUCUGAACUUUACUGGAAUAUUGUCUAGAUGACAAUAAAGGUUUGAGAAUUGGGAUAGAAUUUGAAAGCACUGCAGCUGCAAGACUUACAUCCCCUGCAAUAGCUCUGUGGGUUUUCUGUUUGUAUCAAGAAGGAGAAAUACAGAAGUGUCAGAGCUGACGACUCUGCUGCAUUUAUCUAGAAUCGGAUGCCACUUUACCAGGACUGAUACAAUCCAGGUGAUUUAUGCCAUAAUAGCUGGAGUAGUCCCAUAGGAUAUGGCUACCAAGGCUUCCCUUGGUGAUUCCUCUUUCUUUGUGAUUCUGCUCCCCUUUAAACACAGGUUCAGUUCUCUGUAAGUUCUCUGUUCUCUCAGUGAGCAGAUCACAAUUUCCAGGGAUCAGGUAAAUAAUUUCCCCCCACCAAAAUUGUCACCCAUACAUUAUUUCAGUCAGCAGAGUACUCACAAAUGUUUCCCUGUUCACAUUGCUUUGAGCAUUUGAGACAUGCCACUUGUUUUGUUCAUAAUUCAUUUCUUUAAAAUUCCUGUGGCUGAGUCGCUAAUGAGUUGAGUUCUUGACAUUGCCGUUCUUUGAACGUGUAAAUCACUAUGAAAAUAUCAUUAGACUCUGUAAAAGGAGUGGAAAGAGAGAAAGCAAAAGCCAGGUAUGACUUAUUAAUUAGGUCAAUGUUAAGGAUAAAAUUGAUAACAUUGCCAAAAGUUUAGCAGCACUGGAGAAGAAGGAAACAAGUGUUGUGGAUAGAACAUGCAUCCCUGUCCUUCCAAAAUCCUGCCUGUCAGAAAAAUAAUUAUUAUAUGAAAGAAGAUGUUCACCUACUGAACUGAUUUAACCAUUGGUUUUUAGGACCUUUAGCAGUUAGAAAGCACGUCAAAGUGCAAGUAGAUAAAUAGGUACCACUCCAGUGGGAAGGUAAACAACAUUUCCGUGCGCUGCUCUGGUUCGCCAGAAGCAGCUUAGUCAUGCUGGCCACAUGACCCAGAAGCUGUACGCCGGCUCCCUCAGCCAAUAAAGCGAGAUGAGCGCCGCAACCCCAGAGUCGGUCACGACUGGACCUAAUAGUCAGGGGUCCUUUUACCUUUACCUUUAGAACCUUGGAGCUUGGAAAGCCCCUUCUAUGGUGGCUCACCUCAGAAUAUGGUGGCUGUUUUACCCCUUCACAUGGCAGAUAAACAGCACCUAUAAUAUGUAUUCCAGAGGUGAUUUGGAAAAGAGAUUGGUUUCUCCUGAAGUGCACAGAAGUAAUGUUCUGUAUAUUUCAACCAAUUUCAAGCUAGAACUAGGGAAAACUUGGAGAGAGCUUGUACAUGUGACUUCAUUUUUAUUUGGCAGUCCUGGGGAAGGAGAAAGUCUGGCUGGUGUAUCAAGAGUUCCAUGAAAGUAUGUAUUUUGGAUAAUGCCCCACAUAUCAUUUACUCUUCCUGUAUCACUCUGGCUCUGGAACUAUCCUGUAUUGCUUAGAUCUAAGCUGUCUUAAAGACUAUAUUCCCUCAUAUAAACCUGCCUGGGUUUUGAGAUCUUAUGGGGAAGCCCUUUUUCAGUCCUGCUACCCUCACAGGCACACUUUAUGGGGACACGGAAAAGGGCCUCCUUGGUGGCUGUUCCCAGACUCUGGAACUCCCUCCCUGGAAAAGCUAGACUGGCUCCCUCCUUGUUGUCUUCAAUGCAGUUCUCACCACAUUUACUUAGAGGUAGCUCUUGCCAAUUUCAGUUGGAUGUCAACCUUCAUGCUACAGCACCAGGGGUGAACCAUCUAGUUAGUGCUCUCCUCUUGUCACUUUCCUACUUCUUGGCCUCUACUUUUUUUCUCUCACUCUCCAUGCCUGCUUUUCGUGAAUGGCAGAAGCAGAUGCAUAAAGGUGUACGGAUGAACAAAUCUGCCAGUUUCGGCUCUCUCCAUUCCCCAUUUGAACUUGGGACCUGUUGCAUGCAAAGCACACACUCUCCCAAUCAUACAUAACCCUUCCCAAUGUUGAAAUUAGAAAUACAGAUGCGAAAAUCAUGUUUUGCCCAUGAGAUUAGAGACGGUAUAGUGUCAUGACAAAAAAAUGGCUUUCGACAUUUGAUCUGUUAUACCCCAUAACGGUAAUAAUUUUAAAUUCUCACAGCAUUUGUACCCUCAAUUCACUUCUAUGACCAAAAUUUAUAAGACUUCUGAGUCCAGCACUGGGUAUGCAAAGCUACAUCCAGAUUAUCAGAUUUCAUGGUUUGUAGGUGGACAUGAGUAUAAACUAUUCCCACAUUAGCAUUUUCACUUACCUUGCUUUGCAGGUAGAUUGCCCUGGAGAGGAAUCGUGGGGAAUGCCCUGCCCUCCUAACCGCCAUGGAUAGGCUGAAUUUGAAUUCUUGGUUUGGCGGGAACCCAGAAGCCAUUGCAACGGCCAAGAGGCAUGGCAACGGCCAAGAAGGAAGGGGCAUGGCUGCAGUAGGAUGGGGAGCCACAUGCUGGGCCACAAACAUUGCCCACCAUUGGGUUGGUGAGCGGCCAUUUAGGGCCUCUGAGGGAAAUACUAACACUCUUAUUUCCUAAUUAAACACAAAAGUGUGAAAUGUAACCAGAUAUGUUCACAGUAUUUCUUGGGAUUUUGAUCUCGUGAGGUUAAUCAAAGAAAAGGGUUAUACAAAUUAAUUUUUUAAUACAUUAUUUUAUUUUAUUGCUCUGUGUGCACAAUAACUCUCUGGAUUUUCCAUUGACCCCCUUUUAAAAAUCUUCAAGGAGAAUAUUUGACUCUGGGGUUGUUUCUUUACCUCCACUGAAGCUUUUUUUAAGAGACUGCUGAAGGUUUGUAAUGAUGAAGCAAGAUUAUAAAGAAAAACAGUCAUUACUCUUGCAGCCCUUUUUUCUUCAAUUAGUAUUUCUAAUCACAUUAGACAUGUUUCCAGUAUCCAGAGAGGAUGCCUGAUCCCUACAGCUAUCGUGAACCAUUAACUUUAAUUAAAAUUUACAAGUCUAAUGUUGUUACAUCUGCUAAAAGCAUUAACUGCCAUGUUAAUUACCAAAAUGUUAAUGUUGCGUUAAAAUAUGAAUGUUCCCUUUUGACAGAUCCUCUCUGGUCCCACACUCCACACCCCCACCUUGCUGGAACGUGUCCUAAAAACUGCAAAAUCUGAAGGAAAAGCAUGAGCAGGAACUGAAAUAAUAAACAAUACCAGUAAAAUCUUUAUCUGAAGAUAAAGCUUCCUGGCCAAAAAUCUGGCAAAGAUCAGUGUCUAAAAUAAAUACGUAAUGAUUAUUUCAUGUCUGACAUACUAUGUUAGAAUUGCAAAACUUUAUUUAAAAAAUACUCCAUAAGGUUGGGAUAAAUUGCUCCAUAGAGGAACUAGAUACUUAUACUGCAUAUUCACACAAUGUGGAUUUUUUGGUUUUAUUUUGCAGGUUAAGACUUCAUUCUCAACUCCUUACAACUUUUAGGGUAUUUGAGUUCAGGAGGGAGAAAGAGGAAAUAAACCCUCCUUUCAUUUAUAUUACUUUGGGAGUGGGUCUCAGAAUUCAUAUUUGCAUGAAUUAAAUUAUAUCCCUUGUCUGGGAUAUAAAGAAAAGUGUGUAUUUAUGGAAUGCAUAUUCAGAUAUUAGCCCUCAAGUGCAGGUCUGUUCACACAAAGUUGCAAUUUCACAAACAGAUUUCCUGUGGAAAAGUUACAGAGGAGACUAACCUGGAUCACUAGCAAGAGACGCAGACAUAUCACCAGUUGGCACAGUUCCCACAAAGUGUUUGCACAGAAAUGAACCUGUAACAUAUACAAAAAAAUAAAUAAUCAUUAUUGUAUAAGCAUGAAGUAUAUGCAAUGUGCAAGAAAAUUCCAUUUUGGUGUGGUGGAUCAAUAUCCAUGCCAGAUAAAGUAAUGUGGGUAGCAGCCCAUACUUUUCACCUACAUUCAUGUCUGAAGCUAUAUGAAAACCUAGGAUCUGAGCUCUAAGGUUGAAUCCUUUUCUUUGCCGUUUUGGUCUACUGCAGAGCAAAGAUAUACACAUGGAAGCUCAGGAACCCAAAACCCUGAUAUUCUAAUUCCUUUUCUUCUGAUUUUAUAGGGUCAUAUGCAUCACUUGAUAUCUAAUUACUCCACAAUUGACGGGUUGCCACUGAAUUGUUCACAGUCCAUUGAAAGGCAUUAUGUUGAAGUAAGCAGAGGCGAUAAAGUGAGGUGAGGUGAUACAGCUGUUAGUGUCUGUUCUGCAAUGACUUCCACCAAAAUGGAGAAAACCUUAUAGGUGCAUAGGAACCAAGCAUAGGAAACACAGGCCUCGGUUUGUUCCUGUACACUUUGAAGCUAUCCUCUAACAAUGGUUUCCUUCUAUGUCUUGACUUGUUCCUACAUACUAGUUUCACUUGAUGCCAAACCAUUAAAUUAUAAAGAAUAAAUAUGCAUAUAUAAAACAGUCCUUAGAUCAGGCAUGAGAUGAAUUGGAUCCUCUUGUGUUGUUGGACCAGCUCCCAUCAUCACUGAUCAUUGACCAUGCCGGCUAGGGCUGAUGGAAGCUGGAUUCUAAGAACAUCUGGACCGCCAAAGGUUCCCUAUCCCUGCCUUCCAUUAUACACUUUGGUGUAACUGCAGUCUUAGAUGUCACUUCUCUAAAUGCAUUCAUAUCUUUCAAAAAGUAACACACAAAGUGAUUGCGAGAGGAAAGCCCAAUGUGGACUUUAAGAAGUAGUAAGGGCAAAAGAAGCAAAAUUUUCAGAAGGAAAAAAGAAAACCAUUUCUCAGUCUAAUACAGGCGGUGCCAGAGAUGGUGUGAGAUUUUGGGAAAGUACUGCUGGUGUUGUUGGGUCUAUGGUGGCUCCUUCACACAUCCAACCCAUCACCUAAUGCUGUGGUCACCAUGUGAUAAACAUUCAGGUUUAUCACCAGCUGUUAAAUAAAUGGUUGGAAAUAAAGGUUGAUAUCCUCCUUAAAAAUCAGCAAAAAAAAGUCCAUCAAUUUCAAUGUGAUUAUGUUGCGUGUUUUCAGAAACAUUUCUUUAAAAAAAAAAAAAGAUUAUUUUUGGUGCAUAAUAAGCCAACUCAAAUCAUGAGCCAAAUGUGUGAUUAUUUUAUUCCCUGUAAAGAACAAUGAGACUGUCAUAAUGUAGCUGUUAAAAUUAAGCAAUCAAGAGAACAGGACGCUGAAGUGUACACUUCUGACAAGCAGCAUAGAAGAUCUACAGGCAAAAUUAAGAUUCACGCCCGUAAAUUUAAAAUAUAGGAUAUGGCAUGGAGUUUAACAGUACUUAUUUGCAAUCAUACUGAGAAAUUAGGUGGCAUACUGUUAACUUCAGUCAUUAAAAUAAUUAUUCAACUUAGAAGAGAUGUAACACAAUUAUAUGCUAAUUAUGAAAUUUGCCACAAUCUUUAGAAGUUCAAAGAUUGAACACCUUCAAAAACUAUAAUACAUAGACUCUAACAAAUCUGUAUACUAGGCCAAAUGUUGCAUUAGUUGCAAAAUGUAACUUCUUUCUAAUAAUUAUUUCUGGGUUCCAUAUUUCUUGCAUAUUCAAAAUACAGGAAAUAAAUGGCUUGGGAUGGAUGGGAAUCUCCUAUAACUUCUGAUUUUGAGGAAGCAAAAUCAAGUUAUGUUCUGAGGAGGAAGUAGUUUUUGAGGCUAUUUUCUCAAAGCUCUCCUAGCAUGGUAUUAUUGGGUUUUAGCACGGUUCAAUGGAGGCUGGUCCAUUAGGGCAAAGUGCUCUGCUAACUUCAUUCUGUCCUCAGUGAUCCUCCGCCUCCUUACCUCCUUACUUGCAAGCCCAGGAGGUUGCCCUGGCUGUCAGCUUCUUCCUUAGUCUCAAUGUUGCCCUUGUAGAGCUCUGCAGGGAAAUGGAUGGGGGCAAAGCUAGAAUUACUUGACUCCGCCUCUCAUUGGCUCUAGCUCCACUUACUGUUGCUCUCACUGCCUUCUCCCUAUCAGCAACAAUGGGCACUAGCCACCACUGGCACAGAUGCUGUGUUGGGGAAAGGACUUGUGCAAACCACUCAACCUAAAAACUGGUACCUGGAACAGGGAUGAGCUAACUUCUGUCCUGUUGGCCUCCUUUCUUCCCUGCACUCCCUGUACUCAACUGCUGUAUGUUGUAUUUACAACAGGAGAAUACAUAACCAGGAUGUUUAAAUAGUUAAGGCAUAAUUAAUCUGUGUUGAGUGAUCCUAAAUAGGCAUGCAAGAAGCGGUGCCGAUGGAUUAGGUUAUUAUCCACCGUUCCAGGGUUCUUUGCAAGAAUUCAACUAGCAGCAAAUCAGCUUGGCCCUCGUCAUUUGUCUUUCACCUAUGAAAACCAGAUUUCUCGUUCUGUGCUGAAAUCCUAAUUGCCUAGCAGCAAACAAUUAUAUAUCCACAACCCAUGGAACAAAAUGACCUACAACUUUGACUGUUUCUCAAGUCUUGUCUGCAGACUCUUUAUCCCUCUGGAAAAAAGUGGUUUGCCAAAUUCUCAUUUUCAAAUGGCUAGCAAAUACCAGUGGUGACAUGCUGGCAGAAGUUCCUCUUGCCCUGAAGAAGUGCAAGUGGAACAUAAAGUGCCUUCUCCAAUAUUAAAUCAUCUGCUGCCUUCUGCCCUUUACGAUCAGUGAUACAGAUCUUCUUCCAUGUUCCAUCUGGGCUAGGGAGUUCCAUCUUAGCGCCCUUUCUGUACUGGCACCUCAAGUCGUACUGGAAAUCAAGUCGAGUUCUGAUUUCCACUGCCAAUCAUAUAAAAGACACAUCUAAAACACUGUUUACCGACAUGCAUUGGUGGAUUCAUUUUUCAUGGAUGCAGCUUGAUUUCUGUUGAGCUGUUUCUAAGAAAUACGUCAUUGUGUUAAUAUUCUGUUUUGCCAUGAUAGAAAUAGAAAUCCAUAAUUUGAUGGAUAUAUUGUCCAAGGUUGCUGCCAGAUGACCUGUCUGUUGAGGGUCCAUUCUGAUUUGUUUGGACAAAUUUCACAGGCAGUUUAUAUGACACUGGCUGUUCAUUGAGCAUCCGUCCUGGUUUGUUGGUGAGGAGGUUAUGCAAUGUCAUGUCAAGCAGUUGUCAUCCCAUACUUUGUUGUCACUUUCCUUAACUGCAAAACAUCCAUUUUUUAAUGGAAGCAGGUUUGAUACACAGGUGUUCCAUAUCCACUUCAGUUGUGCAACCUGAAUUAGCACUGAAACCCACCUGCAAAACAGCAGGUGUCUGGAAGCACCCCAAGACCCACAAGGGAGCAAAUGAUGGCCUGAGGGAGUUCCAUUCCCUCUUCACACACUUCAGUCCUGGGAUUCAUAGAGAAGCGAUUUAAAGCACCAACAAUCAAACAUUCAUUUAAUCCUGGCAUAGGCAAACUCGGACCUCCAGAUGCUUUGGGACUACAGCUCCCAUCAUCCCUAGCUAGCAGGACCAGUGGUCAGGGAUGAUGGGAAUUGUAGUCUCAAAACAUCUGGAGGGCCGAGUUUGCCUAUGUCUGAUUCAAUCCCAAAAUGCCACAGGCACAUGCGACUUCCCCCCUUGUCCACUGUAACAACCCGCCUGGCUGGGGAAGAAAAGACUUGCAGGACAAAAAAAGAAGGCGGCUGCUUGAGCAAGGCAAGCUGUAUUUACUAGUAAUUUUUUUUUUAAGAGGCCUUCGCAGAGAGCUCAAGCUUGCCCUACUACGAGAUGCAAUCACCCCUUUGCAGCUUCAGCUUCUGCUACUUCUAAGCAUAAAUCAGUUCCCUGAAAGCACCUUUUAUUUAUUCUGCUUGACUGGAAUAAUUCAAUGGAUGACUCACUUCAGUGAAGUUACUUUGCAUGUAGCCAGCCCAAACCCAAAGGCAAUCUUCUCAUGGGCUUCGCACAACACAUUUUCCGCUGAAAAUGGUAACAACAAUAGUGAUUACCCUUUUUUUCCUUUUUAAAAAAUGAAAUGGGUGUCUGAAAAUGUUUCCUAAUUUCAUGCCAGAAGGCAGCUCACUUCUGUGGGCUUUGAUUAGCUUGUGUACUGUUCACAGCCUGGAGCAAUUUCUGUAAAAUUAAGUUGGGGUUGGGCAGAGCAAUGUGGCCUCUCUCAAGACAAGUGCCAAGAGAUGGCUUUUCGCUAAACCUCACCUCUAAACCUCAUUUUGUAACUUGGGUACCAAAGAUUUAGAAAAAUAGUGGGCUAAAGCAGAAAGAGCACAUUUGCUACAAAAUAAGCUCCAUUCUGUUCCAUGAAGUUACUUUGUUCUCAGUGGGAAUUUAUUUUUAAUUCCAUUUAAGUCCCAUCUUUUCCUCCAAGGAGCUCCAGUUGGCAUACAUAUGGUUGUCUGCCUCCUCAUUUAAUUCUCACAACAACCAUGUGAGAUAGGUUAUGCUGAGAGGCAGUGACUGGCCCAAGUCACCCAAUGAACUUCAUGGCAAAGAUAGGAUUUGAGCCCUGGUCUCCCAUGUCCUAGUCUGACAGUCUAAAACAAGUACAGGCAAACCCCCUCCUCCCACAUAUGUGAGGGUUAUGUUCCACGUCAUCACAUGGGUACGCCUGUCCCAAUCUGUACUCUUCCAGUGCCAAUUAUGGCAUUUGUGUAUGCAGUCACACAUGCAUUGAAUGUGCACAAAAUGGGAGUUGCCUGUAUUCCACAUUGGCUGGAAUCAGUUGGAAUCAUUCCUUUGAAAUGGGUGGCACAAGUGCAGUUUAAAAUAGACUUUUUGGAUACAAGCACUACCAAAAUCUAUGUAACUUACUUUUAAAUAGGUGUGCUUAGUUAGGGCUGCAAUCCUGUAUCCGGUUACCUGAGAGCAAGCCACAUUGAGUUAAAUGUAUAGGAUUGCACUGUAAGAUCAGGGCAUAUGUUUUGUUUUGUUUUUAUUGUCUUGGCUUUCAAUUGCCUCACAACCGUUAAGCAUUGCUGAAGGUUUUAUUCUUCCCAUGUUGCUGUAUGAACUUCAUGUGCAAUAAACUGUCCUCCAGCAAAUGUCUUUUCGUAUAGAUCAGUAUUCCACAACCUGAGGUCCUCAGAUAUUGUUGAACUACAACCCACAUAUCCCCAAAUCAGCAUGACCAAUGGUCAGGGAUAAUGAGAGCUGUAGUCUAACAAAAUCUCAGGAUGAAAAGUUGGAGGAGGUUGGUUUGGGUUUAUUAUAUGUAUUGCUUCCCACUGCAAAACGUCCCGAAGUGAUUCACAAACAGAGCACAAACACAAUAAUUAAAAAAUUACGCAUUGGCAUGUUAAAAACAUACAAACAUCCAAUUAUUGGUGAAGCUCAAAUGCCUCUCAUCAAAACAACUACAGAGUUGGGGCUCAUCAAUGGAUGCACAUGAAAGCUAAGUCACAAUGCAGAGUGCAAGCUGCUGUUUCUAGAGACCCUGGGAAAUGACACCUCAGGCGACUCACAUUAACAAAUGUUUAACAAGCCAUUCUCAAAGCACAAAGUAAGGACUGUGAUUAGCCAGGGGUAGGCACUAGAAAAUAACUAUCCUGAUAAACAGGGGCAGUGUGAGCAUAUGCUGUCAGGACAAUGGACCCUUUGCUGAUCUUGAAGCCUAACAUUGCUGAUCUUGAAGCCUAACUUUACCACCUUCUGAAGCCAUUUCUGGAGGUAGAAGCAAAGGACUGGCUGGUAUUCACUGUAAAGGUAAAGAUAAAGGGACCCCUGACCAUUAGGUCCAGUCGUGGCUGACUCUGGGGUUGCGGCGCUCAUCUCGCUUUAUUGGCCGAGGGAGCUGGCGUACAGCUUCCGGGACAUGUGGCCAGCAUGACUAAGCCGCUUCUGGCGAACCAGAGCAGCGCACGGAAAUGCCGUUUACCUUCCCUCCGGAGCGGUACCUAUUUAUCUACUUGCACUUUGACGUGCUUUUGAACUGCUAGGUGGGCAGGAGCCGGGACCGAGCAACAGGAGCUCACCCCAUUGUGGGGAUUCGAACCACCGACCUUCUGAUCGGCAAGUCCUAGGCUCUGUGGUUUAACCCACAGCGCCACCCACAUCCCAUGGUAUUCACUGUACUUGCUGCUUAUAUUCUCUCUCUCUCCCUCCCUCCCCCCCCACCCUAUUCCAGUCCAGUCCUGCUUCAACAAGCAACAGCUGGAAAUUACCACUGACGCUCCAAAUUGCAGUGAGGGAUCCCCAGCCACUGCCAACUGAGCUGAUGCUCUCCAAAAAGCAGGCAGCUUAGGACAUGUUUCCAUGCUUUCCUCAUUAUAAGGCUGUGUGUUGGUGAAAAAGCAACUGCCUUUUUACAGGAACAAAUUAAGCCUUACAAGCCUCAUAAUUUCUAAUUGCAAACAUUUGUCUUGCUUUGUUUCCUUUGGGCACCCAUCUCUUCCCCCGCUCCCCCAGUCUUCAUUUUGGCACACAGACUGACUUUGAAAAGCAAACUAGAAGCACCUUUUGCUUUCAGCAGUUGGUGGGAUGGGACAGGAGAGAGACUGGUUGUCAGAAUGCCGUCUAGUAGUAUAAUGCACUGGAGAGCCAUGUUACUGCCUUGUAAAACAGUGAAGCCUUCCUAUUACUGGUUAAUUAAAAGGCCAAAGUAAGGACACACUUUUAUUACCUCUUUUAAAGAUAUGUUCACAAUGCAUGUUAUCAGGGAAAACUUCAAAGGUGCAUAGUGCUCCCUCCCCCCGCCACCUCCCACAGUAUAAGCUUUUACUUGAAAACAUGCUCAGAAUCAAUGGCAGGCUGUUGGCACCGAGCCUUCCUGAACUUGGGAAUUAACCAAACUAUUUUAAUAAACAUAUGAAAAGUUGUGUUGCUUCUAAAUAAAACUGAGCCUUUAAAAUGCUACUAGGGUACUCAGAAAUGUCCCAGUGAGUUCAUUGAGACUUACUUCCAGUUAACUUGGUAUAGUAGGGUGUGUGGAAGCUCCGGUCUGUGGGCCAAAUAUAGUCCUCCAGGCCCCUCUUCUUGGACCGCAUAACUCUACCCAGUCCACACUGUUAGAGUUGUUGCAAAUCUGGACCAUGUGCAGAGUAGAAAUGAAUUUGCUCUCCACCACGGGAAUGAGUUACAAAACAUUGAAGAACAGUCUUAAAAUAGUUACAAAUGAACAUUGCAAGAUACAAGGUAGCACAUUGCUCUUAACCAAGCAAGCAAUGUGUUCCCAUCUAUUUUAAGUCCUUAAAACAGUUCAAUAACUUCCCUAUGCAAGUAUCUGGCUUGAUCAUCAUCAAGCUUAGCUUCUUCUACUACUGCUACUGCUGGCUUUAUCACUGAGAAAGCAAUUUGUUCUCAGGUUUCACUUUCCUGAAGAGAAAUUGUGGCUUGGGUGUCCAGCUAUGAACCAUCAAUUAGCCUGAAGAUUGAAAUGGAAAAUCUUCAACCUUUUCUGCCUCAUUUGCCAGAGUGAAACCUCCUGCUUAAUACAAACUUCUCUGCUUUACAAAUGCAAACCUUUACAUAAGUUAUUCAACUUCAGUGUCUAUAAACAUUACAUUUUAUGCAUAUUAAAUGUUAUAUAUUUAAUACACAAACCCUCACUGGCCCCACUAUGCCUCCUGGGUAUUUUUACUUAGAGUCUGAUAAUACUUGUUUGCUUGGAUGGGUGGGGGAUAGAGAGUGUGUGGAAACUAGUCUGUGAUACAGAUGCAAUAUUUACAUCCCUUGUUCCAACCCCUUUUGCCUCUGGCUCCACUACCCUCUCCCGACAGGGCUGCUUUUUGUUCCGAUCAGAAAGCUUCCCUACUUUGUAAUAUUUUCAAGCACAAAGAGAGGGUCAUUUUAUGUUUUGUGUAGGGAGGUGUGUAAAUCCUUUGGAUUCUUUAAAAGUUACACUGUUUCCAUCUAGUGUUAUGCAAUGUGACUUUGGUUGGUUUGCGAACACUAUUUCUGCAAAACUAUGAGUGCCAUAGCAGGCAUGGGAUGUUUAUUUAUUUAUUGUUUUCAUGGGUGGAUCACUGCAACAUUCCCAUAUAACCCUCGGUGGCCAGUGGACCUGAUUGCUUUGUGUGACUUAAAACACGGAUGGGGAACCUUUUGCAAGCCAAGUGUCACAUUUCCAUCUAGGGAAAUGGGGGGGGGGGCUAUGCCAGCAGCAAAAGUGGGUGGAGCAAUGAAUGUAACUUUUACCUUUGUACAGUUGGCUAAUUUCGCCACACACACAUCCCUCUCUACCCUCCAUCCAGACAAGCAAGAAGCAUUAUUAGAGCACAAGGAUUCAUCCUAACUAGGCAAAAUCACUCAUGGAGGAUGCAGUGCAGAGCCAGUAAGUGCUGUGGCUGUCAUGGGCGUAGCCAGGAUUUUUGUAAGGGGGGACAGACUUUUGUUACGGGAGCAGAACCUCCGAUUUGUAUUGAUUUUUACUGAUUUAGUGUCUGAUGGGCAGGCAUGGAGAAACAUAUCUGGCUCCCAGGCCUUGUUCCUCACCUUUGCUAGAGAGAGAGAGAGACCCCGCAACACACACCCUUUUUGUCUUCCUUUGAGGCAUCUGAGCAUCCCUGAUACAAGAGACUUAACUUCUUCCAGAACCUCCUGCCUUGUAUAUGGAAAGUCUUGUAUUAUUAACAGAGUGAAUUGAGACAGGUCUGGCUCUAACUUCCCAAAUACAGUGACAUCAUUUCUAUAUAAGGCCAAGAGCUUAACCCUUUCAGCUACAAGCCUCAGCACCACACAUGUCUUCCACAAUUUCAGUUGCCUGUUCUGCUUCUGUUCCAGAAGAAUGCAAUCCAAACAAGAACUGGAGAAAGUUCAUUAAGAACCAAACAUUUGUCUGCGUCUGCCUAAACAAAAAUUAACAUUCCCUCAAAGCUUGUUCUUCUUCUGACAGCUAAUACUGAUUAUUAAUGAGGCUGACAUUUGCAUUUCACAAUGAAAUUCUCUGCUGCAGAAUUGACUGGAUAAUUAGUGUGAUUUGGAGCUGAUCCAGUGCUAUGGAUGUCCUGCAUGGGAGGUACAUGAAAACCGUGUACAGAGAGAGACAUGCAGGGCCAGCCCCAGAGCUUUUGCUGCCUGAGGUCAAGUACGAGAUGAUGUCCCUCUCCCACAUUCCAUGUUCAGAGGCCAACCAGACCAGAAGCUGAAUCAACAUCCUCUGCUGCACAUGAAGUCAGCAUGCUAGUUUAGAGGAUGCACCUUGGCUGGGGGUGAAUUAGGAAUGGCUAGAGGACUUCAGCUGGUGUGAAGCUGGUUUGAGAUACAAUGCAUGAAACAGUAGUAUCGUAUAACAACGUACAGGAUACAUAUGCAUUUUGGAUAACAUUGUGUGAACAAAGAUUAAAAACCCAGCACUAUAAACCCAGUGAGUUUACCAUAAGUGGGAGUGCGAACAUAGCCAUGUAGUCCAACGCCACAUUGUUGUCCAGAGUGCAAAACAUUGCAGUGCUAAACCUUACUAACUGCUUUGCAAUAGAACUGAUUGAUUUUCAGAUUUCAUUGGGGUUGGCAGCCACUCAUUGAUUGUGAAUUGGAUGCGGGAAAGAAGAGAGAGAAAAAAAGAAUGCACUGUCAGGGCUUUUACUGUGCAAGGUCUGGAUGUUUUUAAUGAUUUUUUAAUGUUCUGUUGACAGGCAUAUGAAAAGCAGUGCAAAAUGCAGAGAUGAUAAGACAUCCCUGCAGGAUUUACAUAAGGGGGGGAGAGAGAUCAUUUUCUAUAGCACAGAACACAAUGUAAGCACAACAGCAAAAUUCAGCAGAAUUAUUUUUGCAAAACACAGGCGUGUUUCUUGUGUUUGGUUUCUAAGAUGUUGUCGUAAAUCAAAGUUCAGGAGAAGCUUUUCUUUUUAAUUCAGGCACAAAUGUGAAGGAAGGUGUUGCCGUCGCAAGCAUGUGGGUUUCCAAAAUAACAGGAUUCCUGUUUGCCUAGCCCAGGAAUCCCACAGUUUGUCUGUGUGCAGCUGGUUCAGCACUCCUUGUGGCUUGAACAAAUGGAGCACUGCUGCUGUGAAGGAACACAGAGCACAUUCAGACACAGGACUUCCCUGUGGAAAAGACUACAGCUUAGUGGCAGAGGAACUGCUUUGCAUGCAAAAAGUCCCAGGUUCAAUCCUCAAGCAGGGCUGGGAGCUGCCCCAUCCUAGAAACUCCUGCUAAUCAGUGUAGACAAUACUAAACUAGACUGAGCAAUGGUCCUGUGAGCAGCAGUGGCCCAGGAGCAGAAUUCUGAGGGGGCGCAACCUGGUGCCCCCGCAACAGGCUCCCUUGCCGAGGCUGUGUGGCUGCCACCUUUUGGAGCUGUGGGGAGGUGAUCCGCACCCAGGCAAGGCUUUUGGGACUGCAGUGCCACCUCCUCCUCACAGCUGGUGAAAGGACGCCUGUCCCUCCUGCCAACCAGAGCAUGGACUUUCCGGUCCUUUCCCGGCACCUCCCUACCAGCAUGUGUCCAUGUUGUGGCUCUGGCGCAGCUGGGAUGCUGUCAAGCCUGCCAAGGUGCGCCAGCUGCCGAUCCCACCGGGAGCUCACUGAGCUGAGAGGGUGAACACAGCAACCAGCAGGCAAUCUCUGUGAGGAGUGGUUGCCUCCCAUGCGAUGCCCACAAGGAGGUUAGGGAGCAAAAUCCUUGCCUUGAUCUGGGCACUGCCGACACUGCUAUGCCACUGGUGGGCAAGGGUGGAAAGGGGAUGUGAAAGUGUAUGAAUGCAACUUCACUUCUCCAACAGCAGGUGACAGCACCUUGGCAGAAGCUGUGACCAUAAACCUUUGACCAGCAUUUGCUAUCGCAGCCAGAAUACUGAAUUGUGACCUUGUGUCCUAUUGCAAGUAAAAUUCCCCAUUCAAAGCAUUUUCUGGAUUUUGCAGGGACAGCAGCCAAUUGCCAUUUUUCAUUUGCUGCUCAAGCUACCCUGGUGUGCAGCAUGCAUGCAAUAUAUUGGGGGAUAUCUUUGAAGAAAGGCCAUAGCUUAGUGGCCCUUCCAGCUUUGAUUUCCCAGCAUCUCCUGGUAGGGAGAAAGCCUCCUGUCUGAAACCCCAGAGAACUGCUGCCAGAGUGUGGGCUCUCCAUUUCCAUGGCUGAUGCGUAUCAGCUUGGGAUGUUCUAAAACUCAUUGUGAUUACACCAAACUGUUCACCAGUCUCAAUUGCGCCAGUCUGGGUUGAAACGUCAAGGUGGUCCUAGUCCUUACUUGUACACCUCAGUUUUCUGCUUUGGCUGUCUUCCUCCAUAUCUGCUUACCUCCUCCCUCCUCUUCAUUCAACCUGCUGCCCUUGAUUCCUGAAGGGGCAUUGCUAAUUAUACAGUAACAUUCAAUUAGAAAUAUGAUUGCCAUGUUCAAUUAGGCAUGCUGGUUUACCGGCUAUUGUUUGCAUUUUUUUUUUUAAAGCACAUGAAGGAACAUUGCCUUGGUUUAACAGUGUCACAGAGUGAAUUUAUUAAUUGACGGCCACUUGAAAUGCCAUCUUGAUUGUUGGUUAGACCGCUACUCGGUUUUCCUCCAAUAACUCCAUCCUCUUGCUGUCUUUGGACUAUUAAACCAUGCGGCCAUUGCUAUCACAACACAACAUGGCAAUAGGGGGUGGAAGGGAAACCAGUUGUAGGAGAAACUUUCUGUAGAUGGCAGCAGCACUUAAGAACAACACUUUCUACGCUCCUUCAGCCAUAUUGGAUUGGCUCCAAAGCCACAUCAUCAAAGACAAUAAUUAUCAUUGCAGUCACAGCCUGCUAGAGCCUAAUGUUAAAGAAGGCUACUGUGAAGCAUUUUUAUUCUGAUGUACUAUAUUCUAUUUUAUUUUAUUUUGAGCUAUCUAGGGAACUUCCAGAUGAAAAGGCAAUAUAGAAAACUGUCUAUCCUCACCAGGGGCCGCUGAUUUCAAUGGAUCUACUUGGAAUAAGGCUUAUACCGCCACUGUUGCUAUUCUUAAAGGAGGAAACGGUCCCGUGCAUUUAAUGCAUGGCAUACUUUCUCCCUGAGAAGUUAAGUGUAAGGAUUUGUGGCAACCGCGGUCUUUGAGGAUUCUAACACAGACAGCCCAGUUGAAAUAAUUUAUGCAGAAGCCAGUUUUAUUGAUUUCAAGCCUCCAUGUAUAGACACUUAGAAAUGUAGCCAGGAUGGAAACAUUCUUUCAAAUGUCUGUCACAUCAGAACCUCUUUAACGCUUGCUCUUUCCGCACUGUAAUGUUGUUAAAGAAAUUGCCUGGAAGAACUGGAUCAUUAAAACCAAAUCCAACAAACGAUGCUGUAUAUAAAAACGCAACAAGGAGUUUUUUAAACUUUUCGAGUGGCAGAAGUAACUGUUGGAUCUCACUAUGGAGCACUGACGUGAUGCAGGUUUUAUAUCCUCCUGUUGAAAGAUGGUCACGAUUAAAAACCACCAAGUUUAUUUGCAGCAUCCAUCUCUGCUUCUGUAACGUUAACUUUAGUCUUUUCAAGCAUUCAGGUUGUGAGGAAUAACUGGAACAAUGUGUGUGUUGGUGAGGGGGAAGUAUGAAAAUUUAUUUUGCCCCCUUCACUCUUAAUCAUGUUCAGAGGUGAGUGAGCGUUGUUGCUUAUAUAGCCAAAACAGCAAAUCUCACGCAUGGGAAGGAAGUAUCAACAGGCUUGUGGAAACCCCAAAGUUUGGAAAAGUUUUGUUUUUUUUAAUAUUUGAAAGGGGGAGGAAUCCCCAAACAGCCCAAUGCUGAGCAGUCAAGGAAUUCUAGCUGACUGUUGCAGGGUAGGGUCAGAAUAUGCAAGAAGAGGCAUGGUUGAAGAAGAGCACUCCAGACGGGGACAUUUUCCUAUAGGUUCUACUUGUAGAAUUAGCUUAUUAGCAGGAAAAUGAAAUCCUAGUUGCUCAGCUAGCAAGUUGAGGUUGUGUUCAGGUACUUACUAUGAACUAAUAUUAGACGGGUGCCAUAUCUCUUGCCUUUUCAGCACUUACUGAAACCCUCCUCCAGUAGAGCUAUCUUCCAGGCUGUAUCUGUACUGGAACUUUCACUUAAUUAUUUUAUCCAGUGCUUUCCUUCUAGGGAAAAAUAGUGCUGGUGCUCACCAUGAGGUUGUUACGGUAAGUGCCACACUUUUAACCAGUGCUUUUCUUCUAGAACUGCCUCUCCCCAUCAUGAUAAACUGUCCCUUUAUCAUAUGAAGCCCUUCUUCGUGUGCCUCUUCCACGUGAGGUCCAGAGGGUGGCAACAUGAGACAGGGCCUUUUCUGUAAUGGCUCCCUGUUUGUGGAAUGCUUUCCCCAUGGAGGUUCGCCUGACACCUUCAUUACAUAUUUUCAGGUGCCGGGUGAAAACAGUCCUCUUCAACCAGGCCUUUGGCUGAUUAAUAUCCUACAGCCUUUUAAAUGUAUCAGUGGGAAGGCGGGUUAUUGUUUUGGUUUAAUUAUUUACUUGUGUUUUAUCUUGGAUUUUAUUCUGGGGACCGGCCUUUAGAUCUUGGGAUGAAGGGUGGUAUAUAAAUUUAAUAAAUAAAAUUGGGGGGGGGGUGCCACUACUGCAUACCCUUGAGAACCCCCACAAAAAAACCCACUGUUUUAAUCUAUCAUUUGUGGAAAGGUGGGGUAUAAAUUUUAACAACAGCAACAUUAACCAAAUGACAUAGUAUUGCUAUAUUAUCCACAUUUUAUUUAUGUUCCACCUUUCUGUUAUAUCUUAGGCCAGCAUACAUGGUUAUCUUCCCCAUUACCUUCAUUUUAUACUAACAGCAAGUCUGUGAGGUAGGUUAGACUGGGAGACAGCAGUAGCAUAACUGGAGGGGGCAGCAAUAAAAAUACAAUGAAAACCAGCAAUACAAUUAAAAAUACAAUCAAAAAUCACACUGUAUCUAGCACAGCAGAUUUACAGUGGUUACAAUGGGCAGAAAAAUAAUUGCAUGGUCCCUCAAGACCCUCAGCAGUGUUCAUGUGGUUCAUGGGUCGGGAAAAUGUUGGGACCUACUGGUCUAUAGUGACCAGCAGUGACUCUCCAGGGCAUGGGUAGCCAAACUAAGGCCCGGGGGCCGGAUCCGGCCCAAUUGCCUUCUAAAUCUGGCCCGCGGACGUGUUUUUACAUGAGUAGAAUGUGUCCUUUUAUUUAAAAUGCAUCUCUGGGUUAUUUGUGGGGCCUGCUUGGAGUUUUUACAUGAGUAGAAUGUGUGCUUUUAUUUAAAAUGCAUCUCUGGGUUAUUUGUGGGGCAUAGGAAUUAGUUCAUUCCCCCCCCCCAAAAAAAAUAUAGUUUGGCCCCCCACAAGGUUUGAGGGACAGUGGACCGGCCCCCUGCUGAAAAAGUUUGUUGACCCCUGCUCCAGGGUUUCAGACAGGGAAUCUUCCCCAGCCCUACCUGGAGAUGCCAGGGACAGAACUUGAGAGCUUUUGCAUGGAAAGCAGAUGCGCUGCCACUGAGCCAUGGGCUCUCUCCCUUCUUUAAUUUGUAAAACACCUAGUUGUAGGUGCUAUAUAAAUAGAAAGAGCAGAGCAGCAGAUGUGGCUAAGAGAGAACGCACUCAUUUUGCAACUGACAAAAUGCCUUGCCACCUCAUAGACAGCAGAGAUAAGUUACUUUCUCCAUCGACUUAGCCAAGACCUGACGAAGAAAAUGACCGCGGUUUGACACUGCCAAUUUUUGUAAGUGGUUCCUUAGGAAUUGUGUCUUCUAUGAGCUUCUCUUAGCUUUCAUUUCUAGAAAUGAGUCAGGAAACAUUAAGGUUGGAGAUACAUCUCUCCAACUUAAAAAAAUAAACGUAUAAUCUCUUUUCAAACUCCAUUGUGGCCACUUUCAAACGGGGGGGGGGGGGAUAUCAUUAAACCACUAUCCUUUCAUCCCUGUUGCCGCAAUUAACUGUGAGCUGUCAGUAGGCAAAGCACUUUUCCUGUGGCUAAGAGAGGAUUCAAAUUUCAUAUUUAAAAAUCUCCUCUAAUGAAGGAAGCAGAACAGUAAGAGGAUUAUCUCUUUCAUAUCUAAUACAGAAAGGCUGGAGGGCACUUGAUUUGUUUUUCCAAAGGCCGUCAACCUCCAAUGCCUCGAUGCAUUAUUUUGACCUAUUAUUUAUGGCGGCACUUUUAGCCCAAGACUGGAUUCUGUACACAUUUAAUGAACUGGGGUCAGAGAGGGAGGGACACUUUCCUCAUAACCCCUACUCUCUACCCUUCAAGAGCAGAGAUCUUCUGGAAUAUUUUGAUUCUAAUAACUAAUUUGCUGCACAUUCAAAAGAAGAAUGUUAGGAAUUCUGAGUGGGAGAAUGCUUUUACACUCAUGCCAUACUUUUGGGUUUCCCACAGGCACCUAGUCAGUCACUGUGGGUACAGGAUGCUGGACUAGAUGAGUCAUUGACCGGAUCCAGCAGGGCUCUUCAUUUCUUCUUAAGAGUUAAGAAAAGAGGCACGGCUAGCUUUAUAUGUCCAUCUCUUCCCACAGUUCCAAAGACAAGUGAUGUAAAUGCAGGGAGCAGGACUGUCCUGAGACAUUUUGUUGCCUUAAGCAAAGAACAAGAUGGUACACACACACACACACACACCAAUUUUCACACACAGAAGCUCAACAGAAUCUUCCACUGCACCUGUAGGCAACAGACUAGCUUAUGGGGCACAGGGCAGGCCACAGUGACCUCCAAUAUCUAGUCAACGCUCUGCCGCUCAGCAUGAUCUGCCGCCUAAGGCCUCUCUCUAUGUUUCAAGGUAGGGUUGGCACCUGCAAGGAGAUAUGUGCAGUUUGUAUCUGCCAUGCAGGAGCCACCCAUCUCACCCUUGGGAUGAGAUCUGGAUUGAAGGACAGGGAGCCCUAUAUGGUUGUCCUCUUGAGUCAUGGUGUUCCUCAGUGAAGCUAGCCCAAGCAGAUGAGAGAAAACACCCUUCCUUAACCAGAUGUUAGCCUCACUCAACGAUCUUUGUUUCCUUUCCAGAUCUUGA